UGCUUAAAAUAGCUUUUGUAGUGUGUUUAUGUAUUGCGUAUUAGAGCUAUAGUGCACAAUUUCUCGUGUAGACGUGGAACUGUUGGUCAAGAUGGCAUCCGACUUGAGAUUUAAAGAGAAAAUAGCCAUUGUCACUGGAGGGUGUCAAGGCAUUGGCAAGGGAUGCAGUGAAAUCUUAGCUGAAAACGGCGGCACUGUUGUGGUUUUUGACAUAAAUGACAAACUGGGUGAGGAUAUAAAUGAAACGAGCUUCAAAGGUCCGGGUGAAAUUGUCUUCAUACAUUGUGAUGUUACCGAUGAGAUACUGGUCAAGUCAUGUAUAGACAAAGUAAUGAAGAAGUAUGGCCAAAUAGACUGCAUCGUUAACAAUGUUGGAGAAAGUAAGUUUGGACACACUUUUAAACUAAGUAAAACAAUGAAAACUACAAGGAAAAGACUCGUCACCAACAAAGUAACGGGGACCCCGUUGAGAGCUGCAGGCAUGUCCACGAUUGAGGGCAUUUCUGUUCAAGAGUUCCGUAAUCUCCUGGAGAUCAACCUUGUUAGCCACUUCACUAUGUACAAGUACGGCUUACCCCACUUAAGAAAGACAAAAGGCAGUGUGGUCAAUAUUGGCAGUUUUAGUGGAACCCAUGGUCAAGGCGCAUGUCCAAUAUAUUGUGCAACGAAGGGGGCGAUUCCAGCCUUAGCGAGGGCGAUAGCAAUAGACGAAGCCAAGCAUGGUGUCAGGGUCAACACAAUAUGCCCUGGACCAAUCCAAACGCCAAUGACCGAUGCAUUACUAGCCAGUUCAGAAGACUCGGGGCUGGAGGAUCAUGUCAAAUCAUGGACGUUAAUGAAUCGCAUUGGUGAUCCUCGGGAAAUUGGAAAGGCGUGUCUCUUUCUGGCGGCAGACGCAACAUUCACCACGGGAACUGAGUUGAUGUGCACUGGUGGAGGUGAAAUUGGAUACGGAGUUAAACCUUAAGACUUUAUUGAUAUAUAAACGAUGGUCUGAAUACUGUCCGAAGUGAUGAAUAUAACUAAAAGUAUUCGUGCUGAAUGCAUUUAUGCACACGUAUUAUUCCUUAUUAUUAUUUUUUUCAUCUCUGCUCUGUCCGUGUCAUAUUACCUUUUCAGAAUGUUUAUCUACGCGCAUUUUCGUACAGUGUGGCAUUUUUGCAAUUCCAUAUAACAGCUAUUUAUUAUGACAUCAAACCCGUUCGUUAUGAAUCAACAUAGCGAACAUCCAUAAACAGUUGGCACAUUUGUGCACUAUUUUUCGUACUGAAAUAGCUGCACUAUGUAAAAGAUUAUUAAAAUCAUUAAUACUUUACGGAGUCUAAAUAUUGCACAGCUUGACCAUUUCGACGCUCGACACGGACUUAUGAAACGUUUUCCGUGUGUACAUGUUUUAAAACACGUACGUUUAAUAUAAAUAUGACAAUCUUCUUUUGAAUGCUUUAUUACAUCAUUCUAGAGUAAGCUUAUCGUCUUGGUUUAUUAUUAGAUAUUGAGCUAUAUACUUUUUAAUUCAAUGUUCUUGAAACCAAAAUCUUCCAUUAUUAACGAAGUUUUAGAGCUGUAACGUCAAGGUCAUGUUUCUAAAUGGAUUUAACAUCCUGGGUAACAUUUAUGGGUUUUUUUUUUGUAAUCUGGGCGUUUUAACUGUUGUAAAAUUGUUAUUUUGAAACUUACUGACACUCCAGUUAAAUGUGGUGAUUCUAUUAAUAGGGAAUUUAUUUUGUCCCAGGAAGGGGCGGUUAUUAUGCAAUUGUUAUUCGUUGAAAGCUAUCAUAUUUUAUUCAUGUUUACUGUCUGAGAUCCUUUCAUUGCUACGCAUUAUAUCAAUGUUAAUCACAUUUUUUGCUCAAAUCCCUUAAUAAAUAAUACAAUGUUGUUUAAAGUAUGCUUGCAUUGAUAAUAAAGUACAAUACUUGUA